AUGAAGGAGGCGAAAGCAGAGGCAGAGGGGGAGAUGGAAAAGGAGGUGCAGGCGGAGGUGAAGGCACAGGCAGAAGUGGAGACUGAGGCGAAGGCGGAGGCAGAGGUGGAGAUGGAGGCGGGUGCGGCGGCGUGUUGGCGACACCACUCGCUCCAGCGCCCCUUCGUCGACCACCGACCACCACCACCACCACCCAACCGCAGCAUCAUGAAGGUCCUGAUCGCCGCCGCCCCUGCCUUGGGCUAUGCUGCUCCCGGUGGGUACGCGCCCGGUCGCCGCGGCCCGCUCAGCUACCACCCCGCCCCCGUAGCGCGCGUCGCCGCCGCCCCCGCCGUCGCCUACGCUGCCCCCGCCGUCGCCAAGGUGGGCUACGCCGCGCCGGCUCUCGCCGCCCCCGCCUUCGGCCUCGGCCUCGGCCACGGCCUGGCCCUGCACUGA